AUGGCAAGGCAAGCCGCGGACGAUCUAGAGUACAAGAAGGCGAUCAGCAGGGAGCUCUGCUGGGCUGUCAAGGAGACCACUCUCGAAGGACUCGAGAGCCACGCCGCCAAGCACGGGCUGACGAUUGUUCAAGCUUGGCGAGCUCCGCGAGGAGAGGGCUUCAAGGCCGCAGCGGCGAGGUUUGUCGUGGAUGCCGCGGACGUCCUUAUCGUGGCCUUCCGCGCGACCAUCGGCAACGACGAGUGGCUCGAGUACCCGCAGAAAUAUUUCAAACAGCGAUUGAUUCCACACGACGGCGAGGCUCCAGGCACAAACCUCAAGGUCUUCGGCGUGUGGAGCCUGACUUUGGACGAGGUCUGGAAGGUGCCCGGGGACAAGCCGGACGGCCCCAAAGACAACCUGCGGGGCCUCAUCUGGCGGCAGCUGAACGCCGGCAACCGGGUCUGGCUGACGGGGCACAGUAAGGGGGGUGCCGUCGCUACCACAGCCGCUUCGCGCCUUCUCCUCGGAGAUUCAUCGGUUGGCGGGAAGGAGGAAGCCGCCGACCCCGCCGUCCGCCGCCCGGAGCCGGACAUGCUCUCCCUACGCGGCGGUCCCCUCUCCCGCCUCUCCGUCUUCACCUACAACGCCCCGAUGGCGUUCUUCCAUACCCUUGGCAGAUCUCUACGACGCCAGGAUGGCCGAAAUCGGCGGCCGGGAAGGGAGCGCGGCAAGGAGAUUGCAUUUUUGGGGGGGGGGGGGGGGGGGGCAGGAGGAGCAGGAGGAGGAGCACCAGCAGCACGUGCGGUUCGAGCACAGGGCGGAUCGAGUGAGGAAGCUCCCGCCGUCUUCGGACAUGCGGCACGUCGGCGAGAGAAGGUUGGAAGGGAGCGGGCUUAUCGAGGACACCGGGGUGCUCCUCGGCGGAGCGAUUGCGGUAGGAGGGGUGCUCGCGGCCAUGUUUGCGGCGGCUGCCAAGGUUGUCAACAGUCACUGAUGACCACGCUGUCCAUAAUAGAAACGACGAGCGUUAAGUCUUUCGAGGUCCGGAGCGCAUGAUGGACGACGGGCGUUUUUUGUUCCGAGCGCAGCCGUCAAUUGUUUAUGGUGUUGGGACUGAAAAGAUUUUAAGGGUGGGUCAACCGGAAUAUAGGCGUGGUCGAUGUUGUUGUUGUGGCAGCGUAUAGUCUAGUUUGGUUCUUCGAAGCAUCGACCACGAUCGGUGUGUGUGUCCCUCGUGGUUUGAUCCGACACGCACCUGUUGUUGUUGUUCCCGCUCUCGUGGAUUGUCGAUAUGUACACAAAAUAUUAUGUAAGUGGUAGUUUUUGAGAGACGCCCGCACUCAGGGCAGUGUUGUUUCAUUUUUUUGCUUCGUGUGUUGCAGCUUGAAGGGCGGAGGAGAUCGAACUAGAGCCUGCCCGUUUGUGUGUUUUUCGCGUGUCGGGUUAUUGCGGAGAGGAGCUCAGCACAGCCCAUAGGUCAUUGAAGUCCUCCUUUUGUGGCAUACUUCUCAGGGGUUGUGUUCCACGUUACAUGUACCUAGUGUUUGUUACUGAGCCCUAAUGCGAUGCAGGAUUGAUCCCCGGGAGAAAUGCGAUGCCCCCCCACCCUGCGUGUUUGGCAGUCGCUGUUGUGGUUUGGCUCUUUUGCCAAGAGAGUUUUGGUACUUCCCCGUCUUCGUGCCACAAUCAGAAUCCUGUCGCGAUAUGCACUGUAGGUGCAAGCAUCGAGGUUCCCUUGGCCUGACUGUUUGGAUGAAUUGUGGUUGGAUGGGAAAGUCGUUCGGUGCUUGAUGCUGUGGAGGUGUUGCGGGGUAAUGUCGAACACGGGCGAGGCGGACAACCGCCACCCCCCUGCUUCUUCCAUCCCCGCUGUUGAUCCUGGCACGUGGGCGGUACUAAUUGUUGAUUUUUUCCCCUUGGAAUAUUUCACCACCUUUUACUUGAGUUGGACAAAAUAGGACAGCCAGCGUUAGUGUGUAUCACGCUCACACUUCGAAGAUAGAGAUCGAUCUUUAGGGGGCCUAACACGAAGGCCUCUGGUAAUUUCCCGUCAAUUUAUACUUUUUUUGGGUACCUGGCGAGUUGUGGCACCUAACCUACCUGUGGUUGUUGACUGCUGUCUGUCACUCGAGGCGGAAACACCGGCGCGCGGAACGAUCCCGUUGGGUUGACCGUUUAGAAGCCGAAAUCAAACCGGUAACAACGUUGACUAGUCUAAUCGUUUGAUUUAGGCUUCUAAUGAAGCCAUGCAAUAGAAGAACCGCAACGUG